UGAGAAGAGAUCAAAUCUCAGCUCUCAAAUUCGAUCGAAAAUCUUGUUCCAGUAGCUUCUGGUAAAUCGCGUACUACCGGUUCCUCUUCGAGGAAGUGGCAACAUAUGGAACGGCACUCGCAACUUGCACCCACCAGACUUGAAUGAUUUUAUGCGCACUUCUAUAACACCAAUUGAAGGAAAGAUGGCUGACACCGAUGAUAGGAAUGACGCUGUCGCAGCUUCAGAUGAAGCCGACAGGAAGAAAGACAAAAAGAGCCAAAAAAAGAAGAAAAAGAAAAAGCAGAAGAAAAAGAAAGCAGCAGACAAGGAAGCCGAAAAACCUACCGAGACCUUGGAAACCAAGGAUACGGGCGAUAUCAAGCCAAAGGACAAGGAGGCAGAUGAAUCAUCGGCAACAAAUAAAAUCGAAGCUGCCACUACGGACAGCGACGACGAUGACAACGACGAAGAAGAUUUACUCGCCGCAGCUGCUCUCUGGGCCGGAAACGACGACGAGACGGAAGAAACACAGAAAACGGCCGGGAGAACAGUGCCACCCCGGCAAAAAUAUUCGCUGCACAUCACACAGUUGCCAUACGACUCCACGGUAUUUGAUCUCAGAAAGCUUUUUGCCGAACACGGAUGCUCCAUUACAUCGAUUCGUUUGGUAUACGAUCAAGAUACCGAGGGCCGCAAAACCGUCUUUCGUGGGGUGGCCUUUAUCGAUCUCUUGGACGAGAGAUCGUACGAGACAGCUCUGAAGCUCCACCACAACACUUCUAUCAGAGGGCGCAGGCUGAACGUCCGCCCGUGUCGGUCGAAAGAAGAAUUGGCAGAGAUUGUUGCUCGCACUCAAGAGCUCGUCCAAGAAAAGAUACGACAAAAUCGCUCUGGAGAAGUAGGCGAAAAGGGUACGACAAAUAAGGAGCGCGGGGCGUCGAGUCCAAAUCCAAAGCGGAACGAGAAUAAUGGCAAGAGAAAGAAUGAUAAGCAAAAAGACAGAAAAAACAACAAGAAACCUAGAGUGGACAAAGAUGGCAAGCCAAUCAAGCUUACUAAGAAAGAGAGGAAUCGACGAGCUGCCAUCAUAAUGCAGAAGCGAAGGCGUCAAAAGAAAUAAUUAUAAUGGUGUUGUAAUAAGAAAACUUAUUUUUUGUCGAUUCUACCACAACAUUGUGGUGUUAAUGUCUCACAUUGACAAGCCUUGAAUAAAUGAAGUUCGGGAAA